UUUCUGCCGUGUGCCGACGUUGCAGUUUUCUAGUGUGUGAAAAAUUGUGAAAAUUUAGAAAAUAUCGACGGUAAAACUUAUUGAAAACCUGUUAUUCUCUCAACCGAACCCCCGCGCAUGAUGGGAGAUUCGCUUGAAACCACGGUUCUGGGCAGCUUGGGCAGCGAUCCGCCCCAAUCGGUGGAUGCUGAAUCAGUCGCCAUUAUGGACUAUGAUGGCUUCACCAAUUACAUUCGUAAGGCGGUGACUAUUCUGCUGCCGGAGGAGGACGUUGUCCCGGUGCCACUGAAUGCAGCCCUCGAUGAUCCGGUGAAUCAGGAGUGCAUCCGGAAAUUUUUGUCCGAUCCGCAAACGCAGGCUUUGCACAUCCAACGUUCCUGCUUUAAGGAUGACGAAAACGAACCACCAACCGAGGGUGAAGAGGAAAAGGAUGCUGUAUCGUAUUACAUCAGCAACGACGUACACUUCACCAAUCAGCGGAUGGCGUCGUUGGUGUGCAUCAAGCGAAGUGCCGUAAUAGAAGCGGAUAAGUCCAUUCUAUCGCAGAUUCGGUUGAUCAAUUUAUCCGAAGGGUCACCCUACGAAACACUGCAUUCUUUUAUCAGCAAAACUCUGGCUCCGUACUUUAAAAGUUACGUUAAGGAGUCGGGUCGUGCGGAUCGCGAUGGCGAUAAAAUGGCUCCUUCGGUGGAGAAAAAGCUAGCUGAGCUAGAAAUGGGUUUGCUGCAUCUGCAGCAAAACAUUGACAUUCCGGAAGUGACGCUGAAUAUCAACGGAACCGUUGUGCAAGUUGUCAAGAAAUGCGCUGACGAAGGACGGAAAGCUAAGAUCACCGACUUUGGAGAUAAGGUGGAAGAUUCAACUUUUCUCAACACGCUGCAGAAUGGAGUUAACCGUUGGAUCAAAGAGAUCCAGAAGGUUACUAAGUUAGAUCGUGAUCCUUCAUCGGGAACCGCAUUGCAGGAGAUUUCGUUUUGGUUGAAUCUGGAGCGUGCACUGCACCGAAUUCAAGAAAAACGUGAGUCUCCAGAGGUGGCCCUAACGCUAAACAUCUUGAAACAUGGCAAACGUUUUCAUGCAACCGUUUCAUUUGAUACCGAUACCGGUUUGAAACAAACACUGGCAAUGGUGGCUGAUUACAACCCAUUGAUGAAGGAUUUUCCCAUAAACGAUUUAUUAUCUGCAACUGAGCUGGACAAGAUCCGUCAAGCUGUUCAAUCGAUUUUUAACCAUUUGCGUAAAAUACGCAGCACCAAGUAUCCAAUUCAACGUUGUCUUCGCUUAAUUGAGGCGAUUUCCAGAGAUCUUAGCCAGCAGCUGCUGAAAGUACUGGGAACUCGUCGUUUAAUGCACAUUCCAUUUGACGAAUUCGAGCGUGUAAUGAAUCAAUGCUUCGAAGUGUUCAGCUGCUGGGAUGAUGAAUACGACAAGUUGCAGGGCAUCUUGCGGGACAUCGUCAAAAAGAAGCGCGACGAACACAUCAAGAUGGUUUGGCGCAUUGCUCCUGCUCAUAAAAAGUUACAGCAACGCAUGGAGCACAUGCGUAAAUUCCGUCGUCAACACGAACAACUUCGGACAGUGAUUGUGCGCGUUCUGCGACCAGCUAGACAACCUUCCGGUAUUUCCGGUGCAGGAGAUGCAGCCAACGUGGACGCCAAGCAACCCUACAGUCUUGAUAGUGCCGAUGCUAACGCAAUCGAAGAAGUUAAUCUGGCCUAUGAAAACGUAAAGGAGAUCGAGUGCUUGGAUAUAUCCAAGGAAGGUUCGGAAGCGUGGGAUGCUGCUAUCAAGCGGUACGAGGAAAGAAUUGACCGUGUCGAAACGCGUAUUACAGCGCAUCUUCGCGAUCAACUUGGAACGGCUAAAAAUGCCAACGAGAUGUUCCGUAUCUUCUCGCGCUUCAAUGCACUUUUCGUGCGUCCUCACAUUCGUGGUGCAAUCCGUGAAUAUCAAACACAGCUAAUUCAACGUGUGAAGGAUGAUAUCGAAGCUUUGCAUGAGAAGUUUAAGGUCCAAUAUCCGCAAAGCAAAAGCUGUCGGUUGUCGGUGGUGCGUGAUCUGCCCCCGGUAGCUGGUUCCAUCAUCUGGGCCCGUCAAAUCGAUAACCAACUGACCAUGUACUUGAAGCGAGUCGAGGACGUUCUCGGCAAAGGUUGGGAGUCGCACAUUGAGGGGCAAAAAUUGAAAGCCGAUGGGGACAGCUUCCGGGCCAAAUUAUCCACAGCGGAAGUGUUUCAAGAAUGGGCCCGCAAGGUACAGGAACGUAAUACUGGUAUUACCGGUCGAAUCUUUCUCAUUGAAUCGACCCGUUCCCGUACCGGUCGAGGAAACACGCUUCGUUUGAGGGUUAAUUUCUUGCCGGAGAUCAUCACCCUUUACAAGGAGGUACGCAAUCUGAAAAGUUUGGGAUUCCGCGUGCCGCUAGCGAUCGUCAACAAAGCGCACCAGGCGAACCAACUUUAUCCAUUUGCGAUUUCGCUGAUUGAAAGCGUUCGUACCUACGAACGUACGCUGGAGAAGCUAACAAAUAGGAGUUUAGCGCACAAUUCAGUAUUCAAGAUCGAAGACCGCGCCAGUAUCAUUCCGCUGGUUGCCGGCUUACGCAAGGAGGUACUAGCCCUGGUGUCCGAAGGAAUCGCUCUGGUUUGGGAAAGCUACAAACUUGACCCGUACGUGCAGCGACUGUCGGAGAACGUGACCUCGUUCCAGGAAAAGGUUGAAGAUUUGCUGGUCGUAGAAGAGCAGCUGGAUGUGGACGUUCGUUCGCUCGAAACUUGCCCGUACAGUGCGGCCACCUUUGCGGACAUUCUAUCCAAGAUCCAGCAUGCGGUCGAUGAUCUUUCCUUGAAGCAGUACUCGAACUUGCACGUUUGGGUCGCUCGCCUUGACGAAGAGGUUGAGAAAAAACUGGCCGCUCGAUUGCAAGCCGGCAUUCAAGCUUGGACCGAUGCGCUGACUGGUAACAAGAAAGAACUAGAUCUGUCAAUGGAUACAGAUGCCCCGGCACAGCCAACCAUCAAACCAGGUGGUGAUCCACAAAUCCAGAAAGCGAUUCACGAGAUUCGUAUCACCAAUCAGCAAAUGUAUCUCUAUCCUUCCAUUGAGGAAGCGCGAUUCCAAAUCAUGCAACAAUUGUUUGCUUGGGAAGCUAUCGUGACAUCUCAAACGCGCCUGCAAAGCUCUCGCUACCAAGUAGGUCUCGACAAGCCCGUUUCUCAAACGUACAGGAAUCUGUUGACAAAGCUACCUGGCGGCUCUGAUCCGUUGGAAGGCGCUUACGGAGCAAUUGAGAAUCAAAUUUCCGAAGUGCGCAAUUACGUUGACGAAUGGCUCCGCUAUCAAAGCUUGUGGGAUCUGCAAGCGGAUACCCUGUACGGACGGCUUGGUGAAGACAUCAAUCUCUGGAUCAAGUGUUUGAACGAUAUCAAAAAAUCGCGAACCACAUUCGAUACCUCCGAUACACGUCGUGCCUAUGGACCGAUCGUAAUCGACUACGCAAAGGUUCAAGCUAAAGUCACCCUGAAGUACGAUUCGUGGCACAAGGAAGCUUUGAGUAAAUUCGGACAGCUACUGGGUAACGAGAUGACCACCUUCCACACCAAGGUUUCUAAAAGCCGAAGCGAUUUGGAGCAACAAAGCAUUGAAGCUGCUAGCACCUCGGAUGCGGUUUGUUUCAUAACCUACGUGCAAUCGCUGAAGAAAGAAAUGCUCGUUUGGGACAAGCAAGUCGAAGUGUACCGUGAAGCCCAACGCAUCCUAGAACGUCAAAGAUUCCAGUUCCCGAACAAUUGGUUGCACGUGGACAACAUCGAAGGAGAAUGGUCUGCCUUCAACGAAAUCAUGAAGCGGAAGGAUUCGGCCAUUCAAACUCAAGUGGCUAGCUUGCAGAGCAAGAUUGUUGCGGAAGAUAAGGCGGUGGAAACCAGAACACUGGACUUUCUCAAUGAUUGGGAGAAAAAUAAACCAACCGGUGGACGUACGCGCCCAGACGAUGCCUUACAGCAACUACACAUCUUCGAAACCAAAUUCUCACGUUUGAAGGAGGAACGUGACAAUGUGGCAAAGGCCAAGGAAGCACUUGAAUUGCAAGAAUCGGCUAUCCCGAACAACAGCACCGAGCGGAUGUCGGUUGUUUUGGAGGAGUUGCAAGAUUUGCGUGGUGUGUGGAGUGAGCUAUCUAAGAUUUGGGCUCAAAUUGAUGAAACUCGUGAGAAGCCGUGGCUUUCGGUGCAACCGAGAAAACUCCGUCAAUCACUGGAAGCAAUGAUGAAUCAACUGAAGGAGCUUCCGGCGCGAUUGAGAAUGUACGAAAGCUAUGAGUACGUUAAAAAACUGCUUCAGAGCUACAUCAAGGUGAAUAUGAUGAUCGUCGAGCUGAAGUCCGACGCUUUGAAGGAACGUCACUGGAAACAACUGACUAAGCAGCUACGUGUCAACUGGGUCUUGUCUGACCUAACUUUGGGACAAGUUUGGGACGUGAAUCUGCUGAAGAACGAAUCGAUCGUUAAGGAUAUUAUUUUGGUUGCGCAGGGUGAAAUGGCGCUGGAGGAGUUCUUGAAACAGGUUCGUGAAAGCUGGCAAAACUAUGAACUGGAUCUGAUCAACUACCAGAAUAAGUGUAGAAUCAUCCGUGGUUGGGAUGAUCUGUUCAAUAAGGUUAAGGAGCACAUUAACUCUGUGGCUGCAAUGAAAUUGUCUCCUUACUACAAGGUAUUUGAAGAGGAAGCUCUAACCUGGGAGGAGAAGCUUAAUCGUAUCAACUCGCUGUUCGAUGUCUGGAUCGAUGUUCAACGCCGUUGGGUUUAUCUGGAAGGUAUCUUCUCGGGUAGCGCCGAUAUCAAGACAUUGUUGCCAGUGGAAACUUCACGCUUCCAGAGUAUUAGCUCCGAAUUCCUGGGACUGAUGAAGAAGGUAGCCAAAUCACCAAAGGUGAUUGAUGUAUUGAACAUCCCAGCGGUGCAGCGUUCACUCGAACGAUUAGCCGAUUUACUUGGCAAAAUCCAGAAAGCUCUGGGAGAAUAUUUGGAACGUGAGAGAACUUCAUUCCCUAGAUUCUACUUUGUUGGUGAUGAAGAUUUGCUUGAGAUUAUCGGUAACAGCAAGAAUGUGGCUCGCUUACAGAAGCAUUUCAAGAAAAUGUUCGCCGGUGUUGCUUCCAUUUUGCUGAACGAAGAUAACACCAUCAUUUUGGGUAUCGCUUCGCGUGAAGGAGAAGAGGUCAAGUUUACCAAACCAGUUUCGACUGUAGAUCACCCGAAAAUUAACGAAUGGCUCACGCUGGUCGAAAAGGAGAUGAGAUUUACCUUGGCGUCUUAUUUGGCACAAGCUGUUCAAGAUAUUAAACAGUUUAAGGAUGAAAUCGAUACUCAAAAGUACAUGGAAUGGUGCGAUAAGUAUCAAGCGCAGAUCGUUGUUUUAGCGGCUCAAAUUCUCUGGUCCGAAGAUGUUGAAGCAGCACUGCAGCAGGCGUCGGAUAGUCCAAACAAUAAAUCUCCUUUGAAUCGUGUACUAACAACAGUUGAAGCUACAUUGAAUGUCUUGGCGGAUUCUGUUCUGCAAGAACAACCAGCAUUGCGUCGCAAAAAGCUCGAACAUUUGAUCAAUGAAUUCGUCCACAAGCGUACCGUAACCCGUCGUCUAAUCGCGCAUGGAGUUAACAAUCCAAAAUCAUUCCACUGGCUAUGUGAAAUGCGUUUCUACUUCGAUCCACGUCAAACUGAAGUUUUACAGCAACUCACCAUCCACAUGGCAAACGCACGUUUCUACUAUGGCUUCGAGUACUUGGGUGUCCAGGAUCGUCUAGUACAAACACCGCUGACCGAUCGCUGCUAUCUAACGAUGACACAGGCACUCGAAUCUCGACUUGGAGGAUCACCUUUCGGUCCAGCCGGUACGGGCAAGACUGAAUCGGUGAAGGCUCUCGGUAAUCAGCUGGGUCGCUUCGUGCUUGUGUUCAACUGCGAUGAAACGUUCGAUUUCCAAGCGAUGGGACGCAUUUUCGUCGGUCUUUGCCAGGUUGGUGCUUGGGGUUGCUUCGAUGAGUUCAAUCGUCUGGAAGAGAGAAUGCUGUCGGCCGUAUCGCAACAGAUUCAAACCAUCCAAGAGGCACUCAAAUCUCAACAGGACAGUCUAAAGGACGCUCAAAGUAUUACCGUGGAAUUGGUCGGAAAGCAGGUUCGCGUAUCUACCGACAUGGCUAUCUUCAUUACCAUGAAUCCAGGCUACGCCGGUCGCUCCAAUCUACCGGAUAACUUGAAGAAAUUGUUCCGCUCUCUCGCGAUGACAACUCCCGAUCGGCAACUUAUUGCCGAAGUUAUGCUGUUCAGCCAGGGCUUCCGCACUGCGGAGAAACUAGCCUGUAAAAUUGUUCCAUUCUUUAAACUUUGUGACGAACAACUAUCCAACCAAUCUCACUACGACUUUGGGCUGCGUGCCCUGAAAUCCGUGCUGAUAUCGGCUGGUAAUGUAAAACGUGAUCGCAUUAUGAGAAUCAAGGAACAGAAGAAACAAAGUGGAGAGGAAAACAUCGAUGAAGCAUCGAUCGCGGAAAAUCUGCCAGAACAGGAAAUUCUUAUUCAGUCCGUCUGCGAAACCAUGGUUCCCAAACUGGUAGCGGAGGAUAUUCCUUUGCUGUUCUCGCUGCUGAGUGAUGUGUUCCCGAAUGUUGGUUACACCAGGGCCGAAAUGAAGGGCUUGAAGGACGAGAUACGGAAGGUUUGCGCGGAGGAGUACCUGGUUUGCGGCGAGGGUGACGAACAAGGUGGCGCGUGGAUGGAAAAGGGAUUCGGCGAAACUUGGGUAGACAAAGUUCUACAACUGUAUCAAAUUUCCAACCUCAAUCACGGUCUGAUGAUGGUAGGUCCAUCCGGUUCCGGUAAAUCGACCGCUUGGCGAGUGCUCCUUAAGGCUCUGGAACGCUACGAGGGUAUCGAAGGUGUUGCCCAUGUCAUCGAUCCGAAAGCUAUCUCGAAGGAAGCGUUGUACGGUGUGCUAGAUCCGAACACACGCGAAUGGACCGACGGAUUGUUCACGCACAUUCUCCGCAAAAUCAUCGAUAACGUACGUGGUGAGAUCAACAAACGCCAGUGGAUUAUCUUCGAUGGUGAUGUAGAUCCGGAAUGGGUUGAAAAUCUAAACUCGGUGCUGGAUGACAAUAAACUGUUGACGCUGCCGAAUGGCGAGCGAUUGUCGCUGCCUCCAAAUGUGCGAAUUAUGUUUGAAGUUCAGGACUUGAAGUAUGCCACACUAGCUACUGUAUCUCGUUGCGGUAUGGUUUGGUUCUCGGAGGAUGUUUUAUCGACGGAAAUGAUCUUCGAAAAUUACAUGGCUCGUUUGAAGAAUAUUCCGUUGGAAGACGGAGAUGAAGAAAGUUUCACUCAAGCAAAGGCGAACGACAAGGAUGACGAAUUGACUCCAGCGCUGCAGACCCAAAGAGAGAUCGCUGCUCUAUUGCAGCCUUACUUUUCCUCGGAUGGAUUGGUCGUUCGUUGUCUAGAAUACGCAAUGGCACAAGAGCACAUCAUGGAUUUCACGCGUCUACGAGCGCUCAGUUCCCUGUUCUCGAUGUUGAAUCAAGGAGCACGAAAUGUCCUGAAUUUCAACCAACAGCAUCCAGAUUUUCCAGUUCCACCGGAGCAGCUCGAACAGUAUAUUCCAAAGCUGCUGAUCUACUCGCUACUCUGGUCGUUUGCUGGUGAUGCCAAAUUAAAGGUUCGUUCCGAUCUCGGGGAUUUCCUGCGCAGUGUAACAACUGUUGCGCUCCCAGCGCAGUCUGGCAAUCCGAUAAUCGACUUCGAAGUAAACAUCCAAGGAGAUUGGGUUCCGUGGUCCAACAAAGUACCAGUUAUUGAAGUUGAAACCCACAAAGUUGCCGCUCCAGAUGUUGUGGUUCCCACCCUGGACACCGUUCGUCAUGAAUCGCUUCUUUACACUUGGCUGGCAGAGCAUAAACCACUUGUCCUGUGUGGUCCACCGGGUUCCGGUAAAACUAUGACACUAUUUUCAGCUCUUCGGGCGCUGCCUGACAUGGAAGUGGUUGGGUUGAACUUUUCCUCCGCCACUACUCCGGAGCUUCUGCUGAAGACAUUCGAUCACUACUGCGAGUACCGGAAAACACCGAACGGAGUUGUGCUGGCUCCUGUCCAGCUAGGCAAGUGGCUCGUAUUAUUCUGCGAUGAAAUCAAUCUUCCAGAUAUGGAUUGCUAUGGUACACAACGUGUCAUUUCGUUCCUUCGACAGCUGGUUGAACACCGUGGUUUCUACCGUGCCGGAGAUCAGUCUUGGGUAACUUUAGAACGUAUCCAAUUCGUAGGAGCUUGUAAUCCACCAACCGAUCCGGGUCGUAAGCCCCUUUCGCAUCGCUUCCUGCGUCACGUUCCAAUCAUCUAUGUAGACUAUCCUGGAGAGACAUCACUCAAGCAGAUUUAUGGCACCUUCAGUCGUGCUAUGCUACGUCUUAUGCCGAAUCUCCGCGGUUAUGCUGAGCCAUUAACUAACGCGAUGGUGGAAUUCUACCUUGCCUCACAGGAUCGAUUCACACAGGAUAUGCAACCGCACUACGUCUACUCGCCGCGUGAAAUGACCCGCUGGGUUCGUGGUAUCUGCGAAGCGAUUCGUCCUCUGGACAAUCUGCCUGUGGAAGGACUCGUGCGUUUGUGGGCUCAUGAAGCACUGCGUUUGUUCCAGGACCGUCUUGUGGAAGAGUCGGAACGCCGUUGGACUAACGAAAAUAUUGAUCUCGUGGCAAUGAAACACUUCCCUAGCGUUGAUCGAGAAAAGGCUCUGGAACGACCAAUUCUGUACAGUAACUGGCUAUCGAAGGAUUACACACCUGUUAAUCGAGUGGAAUUGCGAGAUUACGUCAAGGCUCGGUUGAAGGUGUUUUACGAAGAAGAGUUGGACGUCCCGCUGGUACUGUUUGAUGAAGUUCUGGAACAUGUGCUAAGAAUCGAUCGUAUUUUCCGUCAACCGCAAGGACAUUUACUGUUGAUUGGUGUUUCAGGAGCUGGAAAAACAACACUGUCCCGUUUUGUUGCUUGGAUGAACGGAUUGUCCAUCUUCCAGAUUAAGGUACAUAACAAGUACACCAGCGAAGAUUUUGAUGAGGAUUUGCGGUGCGUUUUGAGACGUGCUGGCUGCAAGGAUGAGAAGAUCGCUUUUAUUCUCGAUGAAUCCAACGUGUUGGAUUCCGGUUUCUUGGAACGCAUGAAUACUCUACUCGCUAACGGUGAAGUUCCUGGAUUGUUUGAAGGUGACGAAUAUACCACUCUGAUGACACAGUGCAAAGAAGGUGCUCAACGUGAGGGACUCAUGCUUGAUUCAAGCGAUGAACUCUACAAAUGGUUUACUCAACAAGUAAUGCGCAAUCUACAUGUGGUAUUCACAAUGAAUCCCUCGACCGAUGGUCUAAAAGAUCGCGCAGCAACAUCACCCGCAUUGUUCAAUCGGUGCGUCCUCAACUGGUUCGGUGAUUGGUCCGAUUCGGCUCUGUUCCAGGUUGGUAAGGAAUUCACUGUACGAGUUGAUCUGGAUAAACCGACCUGGACCGCAUCGGACUUCUUCCCGGCGGCUUGUCCUUUGAUAAGCAAUACACCAUCGCACCGCGAAGCUGUCAUCAAUGCGUGUGUUUAUGUUCAUCAGACUUUACACAAGGCGAAUGCACGGCUAGCAAAACGUGGAGGACGAACGAUGGCCAUAACACCCCGCCACUAUCUAGACUUCAUUCAUCACUUCGUGAAACUGUACUCGGAGAAGCGUAGCGAUUUGGAGGAACAGCAGCUGCACCUGAACGUUGGUUUGAAUAAGAUUGCCGAAACUGUAGAACAGGUUGAAGAAAUGCAAAAGUCUCUAGCCGUCAAGUCUCAAGAGUUGCAAGCAAAGAACGAUGCAGCCAAUGCUAAACUAAAGCAGAUGUUCAAGGAUCAGCAGGAAGCGGAAAAGAAGAAAGUUCAAUCACAGGAAAUCCAACAGCAGCUGGCGGAGCAGACGAUCAAAAUUGAAGAGAAACGCAAGGACGUCAUGGCGGACUUGGCCCAGGUCGAACCGGCAGUCAUCGACGCUCAAGCUGCUGUUAGCAACAUAAAAAAGAAACAAUUGGCCGAAGUAAGAACAAUGGCCAAUCCACCCGGUCCGGUUAAGCUGGCGCUGGAAUCGGUCUGCCUACUGCUUGGAGAAGAUGACCGCGGUGGUGACUGGAAAGCAAUCCGCCAAAUAUUGGUGAAAGAUAGCUUUAUUACGUCGAUCGUAAAAUUCGACACGUCUCAAAUUACUGACGAUGUUCGUGAAAAGAUGAAAUCCAGAUAUCUCAGUAAUCCGGACUAUAACUUCGAGAAGGUGAAUCGUGCCUCAAUGGCAUGUGGUCCCAUGGUCAAAUGGGCUAUCGCACAGGUCGAGUACGCUGACAUGUUAAAGCGCGUUGAACCGCUCCGCGAUGAGCUGGGAUCACUGGAACACCGUGCCGAAACCAACAUCAAGCACGGCCAAGAAGUGAAGGAACUUAUCGCACAACUCGAACAAAGCAUCGCUUCCUACAAGGAAGAAUACGCUCAACUCAUCUCACAGGCUCAAGCCAUCAAAACCGAUCUUGAAAAUGUACAAGCCAAAGUGGACCGGUCGAUUGCGUUGCUGAAGAGUUUGGUCAUCGAACGGGAACGCUGGGAGGCGACCAGCGAAACUUUCCGCUCGCAGAUGUCGACCAUCAUCGGAGACGUGCUGCUGUCAGCAGCCUUUAUCGCUUACGGUGGGUACUUCGAUCAGCACUACCGUAGCAAUCUGUUCUCCACCUGGUGUCAGCAUCUGCAAGCAGCGAACAUACAAUUCCGGGCAGAUAUUGCUCGUACCGAAUAUCUAUCCAACCCAGAUGAAAGACUGCGCUGGCAGGCUAAUGCACUACCAACAGACGAUCUUUGCACUGAAAACGCAAUUAUGCUGAAACGCUUCAAUCGAUACCCGUUGAUUAUCGAUCCUUCCGGACAGGCUACCGAGUUCAUCAUGAACGAGUUUAAAGAUAAGAAAAUCACUAAAACCAGCUUCCUCGAUGAUUCAUUUCGUAAGAAUUUGGAGUCUGCUUUGCGUUUCGGUAAUCCCCUACUGGUACAGGACGUCGAGAACUACGAUCCAAUUUUGAACCCCGUUUUGAAUCGAGAGUUGCGUCGCACUGGCGGUCGUGUACUCAUAACCCUCGGUGAUCAGGACAUCGAUUUGUCACCGUCUUUCGUGAUCUUCCUAUCGACACGUGACCCUACUGUAGAGUUUCCACCGGAUAUUUGCUCGCGUGUCACAUUCGUAAACUUCACCGUGACUAGAAGCUCGCUGCAGUCGCAGUGCUUGAACCAAGUUUUGAAGGCAGAACGACCAGACAUUGAUGAAAAACGUUCGGAUCUAUUGAAGCUUCAGGGUGAGUUCCAUUUGCGUCUUCGCCAGCUUGAAAAGAGUUUGCUUCAAGCGCUGAACGAUGCUAAGGGUAAGAUCCUGGAUGAUGACUCAGUUAUUACAACAUUGGAAACACUGAAGAAGGAAGCAGCCGAUAUUGGCCAGAAAGUCGAGGAAACCGACAAGGUUAUUGCCGAAAUUGAAACCGUUUCUCAGCAAUACCUCUCGCUAUCGCAAGCUUGCAGCAACAUUUACUUCACGAUGGACAGCCUAAAUCAAGUGCACUUCCUGUACCAAUAUUCUCUGAAAAUGUUCUUAAACAUCUUUAGCAACGUGUUACAUAAUAACCCACGAUUGGAAGGCAAGACUGAUCACACUGGACGUUUAUCUAUCAUUACAUCAGAUUUGUACCGUGUAUGCUACGAGCGAGUCGCCCGAGGUAUGCUGCAUGCCGAUCGCCUCACGUUCGCCAUUCUGCUUUGCAGAAUCCAUCUGAAAGGUACCAGUGAGCCCAAUCUGGACCAGGAGUUCAGCUUUUUCCUACGUAACAAAGAAGGAUUGGUUUCGUCUGCGCACCACAUCGAUGGAGUUAAUGCUGAACAGUUGGAAUCUGUUACACGUUUGUCCAACCGAUUGCCAAUGUUCCGCAAACUGCUAGAUAAAAUCAAAUUGAUGCCAGAGCUUUCAGCUUGGCUGCAACAAGGAUCUCCUGAGCAAAAUGUUCCAGUUCUCUGGGAUGAAUCUAAAGCUCUAACCUCUGUUUCAGCUGCUAUGCAUCAACUGCUACUGAUUCAAGCCUUCCGUCCGGAUCGCGUCAUAGCAGCAGCACACAUCUUUGUAGACACCGUUCUGGGUGAAGAUUUUAUGCCCCAAGCCGAGAAAGAAAUCGAUUUCGGUGCUUGUGUCGAAAAAGAACUUACCAGUAACACACCAGCUCUGCUUUGCUCUGUCACGGGUUACGACGCAUCUUCGCGAGUGGAUGAUUUGGCUGCUGAACUGAACAAGCAAAUCACAAGCAUCGCUAUCGGAUCCGCGGAAGGUUUCAACCAAGCCGAACGCGUUAUCAACAUGGCAUGUAAAUCAGGACGAUGGGUGCUACUGAAGAACGUCCAUUUGGCUCCACAGUGGUUGGUUCAGUUGGAGAAGAAGCUGCACUCGCUACAGCCGCAUUCCGGAUUCCGACUGUUCCUCACAAUGGAAAUCAAUCCGAAAGUUCCAGUCAAUCUUCUACGAGCAGGACGUAUUUUCGUGUACGAACCCCCACCAGGCAUUCGGGCCAAUCUGUUGCGUACCUUCUCCACCGUUCCGGCAGCGCGCAUGAUGAAGCAACCAAGCGAACGGGCACGUCUUUACUUCCUGUUGUCGUGGUUCCACGCCAUCGUUCAGGAACGUUUGCGCUACGUACCGCUAGGCUGGGCCAAGAAGUACGAAUUCAACGAAUCCGAUUUGCGUGUAGCUUGCGAUACUUUGGACACCUGGAUUGACGCAACCGCAAUGGGCCGCACUAAUCUACCCCCGGAGAAAGUACCGUGGGACGCACUAGUAACGCUGCUUUCGCAAAGUAUCUACGGUGGUAAAAUCGACAACGACUUCGAUCAGCGUUUGCUUUCUUCCUUCCUAUCGAAACUGUUUACGGCGCACAGCUUUGAAGCAGAAUUUGCACUAGUAGCCAACGUGGAUGGAGUAGCCGGUGGACCGAACGGUCAGCGGCAUAUCACUAUGCCAGACGGAACACGUAGAGAUCAUUUCCUCAAGUGGAUUGAAUCGCUGGCUGAUCGCCAGACCCCGUCCUGGCUGGGUCUACCAAACAACGCGGAGAAAGUAUUGCUAACCACUCGUGGAACAGAUUUGAUCAGCAAACUACUGAAAAUGCAACAGUUGGAGGAUGAUGAUGAGCUGGCCUACAGCAACGAUGAGAGCUUGGCAACGCAAACCCGUCAAACUAGACAGGAGGAUGGUCGUCCCUCGUGGAUGAAAACGUUGCAUAACAGUGCUCUAACUUGGUUAGAGCUACUGCCGAAGCAGUUGGCCACCCUCAAACGCACUGUAGAAAAUAUUAAAGAUCCACUGUAUCGUUACUUUGAACGCGAAGUUUCCUCGGGAGCGAAAUUAUUGCAAACCGUUGUCAGUGAUCUGCAGGAUGUGGUUCUCAUUUGUCAAGGCGAGAAGAAGCAAACCAAUUAUCAUCGGACAAUGCUUAGCGAACUGGUGCGGGGUAUUUUGCCGGCAGGCUGGCGGCGUUACACCGUACCGGCUGGCUGUACCGUUAUCCAGUGGGUUACCGAUUUCAGCCACCGAGUGCAACAGUUGCAAAAAGUUUCUACUCUGGUUUCUCAAGCUGGUGCUAAGGAGCUACAGAGUUUCCCCGUAUGGUUGGGUGGUUUGUUUAACCCAGAGGCUUACAUUACAGCCACACGACAGUGUGUUGCUCAGGCCAACAGCUGGUCCCUGGAGGAAUUAACCUUGAACGUUACGAUUACCGAAAACGGCUCCGAUGGUUUUGACAAUCUUAAGGACAGUAGCUUCGGUAUAUCGGGCUUGAAAUUGCAAGGCGCUCAGUGUAAGAACAACCAGUUGCUGCUAACUUCGGCUAUCAUGACAGAGCUGCCAUUGACCCUGCUCAAGUGGACCCGUAUCGAUGCGGAAGGAGCUCGUGCGAUCAAGCUGACGCUUCCAGUGUAUUUGAAUUCGACCCGAACGGAAUUGUUGUUCACGGUGGAUAUGACCGUUGCACCCGGUCAGGAUCCGCAUAGUUUCUACGAACGGGGAGUAGCCGUUUUGUCUUCUACUGCAUUGAACUAGAAUGCGUAUUGGAUGCGCGUAUAUUAAUAUUGCUUACAAUAAUAUUUAUUCGGUGGCAGAUUGUUACAAGUUAAUGGGAAUCACAACCUAGUUUCUACAAGAUAUAUUAAUAAACUCAUUAAUCAUACUCUA